GCUUGACUCGUUCGAGCUUUUAACCGAGCCGAUCACGAGUAGCUCUCGAGCCUCUGGGCUUGUUUACACCCCUAACCAUGGCCAACCACUCCUAUUAUACAUGAGGCUCGAUUUGAACGAACCCACACUACAUCUUCAUUUGAAUUACUCAGUCCCCGAUCUAUGAUGACUCAACAUCAAGUUCAAAAACCUAGAAAGUUGGUUGUGUGGUUGUUGGAAUUGGUAGUCUCGGAAAUUCAUACCUUUUUGUUCAGCGAACAAUACAUGAAUAUGAAAAUAGGUGAACACUGCUAUGGAUAAAGCAACGGAAAUUCAGAAGACCCUUGAAAAUAGCUUUAUAAAAGAAUUGGUCAAUUCAAGUGUUACUGAUAAACCCAAGAUGCAUAUUCCAGCGGAUUUUUACAAACAAUUACCAAGGUGUCGUAGCUUGAAACACAACCAUGUUGAUAUGGUUAUGGAAGAUGAAAACAAAAAGCAAUUUAAAAUCAGGCUUGUUUACACCGGGAAAGAUAAUGAGGAAAUAAAGCCUACGCUUAGUGGAGGGUGGAAAAAAUUUGUAGUUGCACAUAAGUUGGUUGAGGGGGACGUCCUGAUCUUCCAAUUUGUUGAAACCCGUAAAUUCAAGGUGUACAUUGUAAAGAAAGAUUUAGAAGAAGAUGUAGGUUCACACGGGGAAGACAUGUCUCCAGCAAUAUCUCUCGAGUCAUUGUGUGGGGAGCUACAAUCUCAAAACAAGAUGUUAUUGGUAUGUUUUAGUUAUAUGUAUUAGCGUAUAUAUAUAGUGAUGAUUUAGUUUAGUGUGAUAGGCGAUUUAUAUUAUACUGAGAGGAGAUCUCGCUGUAAGGCGUAUGUAUUCAGAUUAUUGUAAAUCAAUAGAAAUUACGUGUAAUACCAAUCUUACAAUAUGCAUCCAUUAAGCA